CCUUCCCGUGAAUUCUCUGUCCCAGGCGCCUCGCCCCACGCCACGGGAUCGGGUGGAAACCCAGGCUGAGCCGGCGUCUCCCUGCCUCCCCUUGCAGAUGGCAGCUAACGACAGCUUCAGCGUGACCUACCCUGGCAACCCUCAGCCCGGGGACCUGAUCGAGGUCUUCCGGCCGGCCUACCAGCACUGGGCGCUGUACCUGGGGGACGGGUACGUCAUCAACGUGGCGCCUGUAGACGAGGGGGCCGCGGCCUCCCUGGCCAGCGCCAAGUCGGUGUUCAGCCGCAAGGCGCUGGUGAAGAUGCAGCUCCUGAAGGACGUGGUGGGCAGCGACACGUACAAGAUCAACAACAAGUACGACGACGCCUACACGCCCCUGCCCGUGGAAGAGAUCAUCCGGCGCGCCGAGUUCCUCAUCGGCCAGGAGGUCUCCUACGACCUGCUGGGCAACAACUGCGAGCACUUCGUCACGCUGCUGCGCUACGGCGAGGGUGUCUCCGAGCAGGCCAACCGAGCCAUCGGUGCCAUUGGGUUCGUAACCGCUGCCGCCGGCGCUUUCUCCUUGCUGGGCUUCUUUCAGAACAAGUCCCGAGAGCGGCACUGUUAAUCGCGUGCCCGGGUGCACGUCCGGCACCGACGCUGGAAUCCAGCCUGCACGGGGCAGCUGGCGGAUGAAGCUGCAGCGGACACAGACCGUCGUACACCAGGACGUCCAGCUGGAGCGUGCAUCGGGUCGAUCUGGGCGCGAUGGUGUGCCUGCGCGUUGCAGUGCAGCAACGAGCGACGGCUUCGCCCUGGCGGGCACGGCUUUGCUGGGCACUGGUGCGCUGAACUGGGAAAGGCGCCUGCUGCGCGCUGGCUGCUGACGGGGCUUGUCCAGACUCUGUUCUCCUGGGGCUUUUCAGUGAAUAGCUUUGGUUUUUUUUACUUGUUUGGAAACCCGUUUUUACACAUUUUUAGAGGAAUAUUUUUGAACUGUGAUAACCUUCCCCUCCAUUGCCCAACGGACUCUACGCACGGCCGGUCACACUGGCUUGCAACUGUCCUCGUGUAGGUGCUCGGGACACGUGCUGCACCUCGGAGCUGCCGCCGUGUCGAGCCCGGAGCUGCGUGACACGGGAAGGAGGAGCGAGUCCCGACUCUAGCGGUCCCUCCUAUGUUUGACUUGCUCCAAGAAACGGAUUUCCUCCCUCCUGCCUGUGCAGCGGUUUCUUUGCGCUGCUCCGUGGAGCUGUCAGGAGCGGGACUCAUCCUCAGACGGGCUGGGAGAGCCACCCCCAUCAAGGAGCACACGGCAUCUCCUUGGCAGAGCCUUACUCAGAAUUUGCAGGACUUUGCCACAGGUUCAGUUAAAGCUGGAGAGGAACCAGCUAUAAAGCUGUUACGCAUUUUCAAGCGUACAGGCAGGCCGGAAUCGG